AUGGCUUCCAAUGACCAAAGCAACUCAAAAAGCCAUAGCAGCAAUCAAAACCAAGUAGUGGUGGUUGCAGUACCUUUCCCAGCACAAGGCCAUCUAAACCAGCUUCUACACCUCUCACGCCUCAUCUUAUCACACAACAUACCUGUCCAUUAUGUUGGCACUUCCACACACAACCGUCAAGCAACCGAUCGAGUUCAAGGUUGUGAUCCAAACUCCAUUUCAAACAUUCAUUUCCAUAACUUCAAAGUUCCUUCCUUUGUUUCACCACCUCCUACUCCAAAUUCAGAAACCAAAUUCCCUUCUCAUUUGGUUCCUUCUUUUGAGGCGUCGACACAUCUUCGUCAGCCUGUCGCGGAACUCAUGCAAUCACUCUCAUCUGUUUUCAAAAGGGUCAUUGUGAUCCAUGACAGUCUAAUGGCAUCUGUUGUACAAGAUGCUACAAAAAUAGCAAAUGUUGAGAAUUACUUAUUUAUGAGCACUUGUGCUUUUACAUAUUUCUUCCACAUAUGGGAGAAAGUGGGAAAAUUUAUUCCAAUAGAAAGCUCACAUAUCAUAGAUACUCCUUCUUUGGAAGGAUGCUUCACAACUGAAUUCAUUGAUUUCAUUACUACACAAGAUGAAUUCUAUGAACUCAAUGAUGGGACUAUCUUCAAUACAAGCAGAGCUAUUGAAAGUCCUUACUUGGAGUUGAUAGAGAAAACCAUUAGCAGUAAGAAGCAUUGGGCACUUGGGCCUUUCCACCCUUUAACCAUUGAGAAGAAUGGUUCAAAGGAUAAGCACUCAUGCAUUGAAUGGCUUGAUAAACAAGAGGCAAAAUCAGUUAUUUAUGUAUCGUUUGGAACAACAACAACUUUGACAGAAAAAGAAGUUGAACAGAUUGCUAUUGGGUUGGAAAAAAGCAAGAAAAAAUUCAUCUGGGUGUUAAGAGAUGCUGAUAAAGGAGACAUCUUUGAUGAAAAUGGAGUGAAAAGACAUGUACUUCCAAAAGGGUUUGAUGAGAGAGUUGAAGGUAUGGGGUUAGUUGUAAGGGAUUGGGCACCCCAAUUGGAAAUUCUAAGCCAUCCUUCAACAGGUGGGUUUAUGAGUCAUUGUGGAUGGAACUCUACCUUAGAGAGCAUUUCAAUGGGGGUGCCAAUAGCAGCUUGGCCUAUGCAUUCUGACCAGCCAAGAAACUGUGUUCUUAUAACACAAGUGUUGAAGAUUGGUUUGGUUGUGAAGGAAUGGGCUAAAAGAAAUGAGUUAGUAGCUGUUUCAGAUAUCGAGAAUGCUGUUAGAACUUUGAUGGAAACAAAGGAAGGUGAUGAGAUGCGAGAGAGAGCAACGAACCUUAAAAAUGCUAUUCGUAUUUCUAAGGAAGAAGGUGGAGUCUCUCGUAUUGAAAUGGAUUCUUUCAUCGCCCAUAUCACUAGAUAGUUGCCGCGAUGUUUUUAUUCUUUUGGAUGGGCAAAUGUUAGUAAAUUUGUUGUUAUGCUAGUUUCCUUUUUAAUCUUUUAAGGAGGAGGAUUAUUGAUGAUUUUAGUGGCAAAAGUAUGUGUGCUGUUUUUCCAUUUAUGCAAAGAUUUCUAAGGAUAUAAAUGUUGUUUUUAAGAUGAUUGAUUUUAUCAUUCAAAAAUAGUUAGCGGUGCA